GCAGGAUUUCGGCGCCAUCCGAGGCUCGGUGCCGCCGCGGGAGCCCGGGCCGGGUUUCGCUCUCCGUCUUCGGGCCGGGCCGGGCUUUAUGGACUUGUACAUGAUGAACUGCGAGCUCCUGGCAACGUGCAGCGCCCUGGGCUACUUGGAGGGGGAUGUGUACAACAAGGAGCCCGACUGCUUGGAGAGCGUGAAGGAUUUGAUCCGGUACCUGCGCUAUGAGGAUGAGACGCGGGACGUCCGCCAGCAGCUGGGCGCGGCCCAGAUCCUGCAGAACGACCUGCUGCCCCUCAUCACCCAGUACCCGCAGGACAAGCUGCUCUUCGACGCUGUCGUCAGGCUGAUGGUGAACCUGACCCAGCCGGCCCUGCUCUGCUUCGGCAAAGUCCCACGCGACCCCGGCUCCCGGCACUGCUUCCUGCAGGUUGUGUCCUACCUGCAGGCCUACAAAGAGGCGUUCGCCAGCGCCAAGGUGUUCGGGGUGCUGAGCGAGAAGCUCUACGAACUGCUGCAGCUGGACUGGGAGCAGAGGCAGGAAGAGGACACCCUGCUGGUGGAGAGAAUUCUGCUGCUGGUGCGGAACGUGCUUCAUAUCCCCGCGGGCCCCGAGGAGGAGAAGAGCGUGGACGACGACGCCAGCACCCACGACCGGGUGCUCUGGGCCGUGCACGUCAGCGGCAUGGACGACCUGCUGAAGUUCCUGGCCAGCUCCUCGGCCGAGCAGCAGUGGGGCCUGCACGUGCUGGAGAUCAUCUCGCUGAUGUUCAGGGACCAGCAGGAUCCGGAGCAGCUGGCGGCCUCGGGGCAGGCCCGCCCGGCCAAGGAGCAGGCGGCAGACGUGAGGGACCUGGAGGUGCUGCGGCAGAGGGAGCUGGCGGAGAGGAAGAGCCGGGCGUUCCAGCGAGGGAGCAGGCACUCCCGGUUCGGCGGCUCCUACGUGGUCCAGGGGCUGAAAUCCAUCGGCGACAGGGACCUCGUGUUCCACAAGGGGCUGCACAACUUGAAGGAGCACAGCCACGACCUGGGCAAGGAGCCGCGGCGGGUCCCCAAGCGCCGGCAGCCGGCCCGGGAGGCAGAGCCGCGCCGGCGCUCGGCCCUCAACGUCCGCCUCUUCCUGCGGGAGUUCUGCGGGGACUUCCUGGAGAGCUGCUACAACCCCCUCAUGCGCCUGGUUAAGGACCAGCUGCUGCGGGAGAAGAGCCAGCAGCACGACGAGACCUACUACCUGUGGGCCGUGGCCUUCUUCAUGGCCUUUAACCGCGGCCGGCACUUCCGGCCCGAGCUGGUGUCCGAGACGGUCAGCGUCCGCGCCUUCCACUUCAUCGAGCAGAACCUCACCGCCUACUACGAGGCCAUGCUCCUGGACAAGCAGGAGGCCACGUCGUGGGCCAGGCGAAUGCACCUGGCCCUGAAGGCCUAUCGGGAGCUGCUGACCACGGUGCAGGAGAUGGAUCGCUCCCCGGACGAGGCCGUGCGGGACAGCAGCAAGGUCAUUAAGAAUAAUAUCUUCUACCUGAUGGAGUUCCGGGAGCUCUUCCUCGCUCUGUUCCGCAAGUUCGAGGAGAGCCGCCAGCCCCGCUCCUUCCUGCGGGACCUGGUGGAGACCACCCACCUCUUCCUCAAGAUGCUGGAGGCCUUCUGCCGGGGCAGGAACAACCUGGUGGUGCAGAGCAAAAGGGUGAGGAGGAAGAAGCAGCCCCGGGCCGGCCGGGCGGCCCCCCCCGCGCAGCCCUGCGCCCCCCAGGAGCUGGAGGAGCUGUGGCCCAGCCUGGCGGAGCAGCUCGGCGCCUGCGCCCAGGGGGCUGAGCCCCUCCCGGAAGACGUGGUCCCCUUCGACGCCGCCUCGGAGACCCCAGUGGAGGAGCAGCGAGCGGAGGCCAUGGUGCGCAUCCAGGACAGCCUGCUGGGCCGCCGGGCGCCGGCCGCCCUGACCCUGCUCCGCUCCGCCAGGGAGGUGUGGCCCGAGCAGGACGUGUUCGGCUCCCCGCAGGCGGCCCUGGAGGAGGAGAUCCAGCUGCUGAGACAGAUUCUCUUCGCUCCUCUUCCUCGGCAAGCGGUGCCCGAGGUCGAGGAGCCGGGGGAGGAGGAGGAGGAGGAAGAGGAGGUGGAGGAGGAACUGGCGUCUGUCCAGGUGUCGGAAAAAGAGUUCAACUUCCUGGAUUAUCUGAAACGGUUUGCCAGCACCAGCGUGGUCAAGGCCUACGUUCUGCUGCUGCGGGGCUACCGGCAGAACAGCGCCCACACCAACCACUGCGUGGCCAAGAUGCUGCACCGCAUCGCCUGCGACCUCAAGAUGGAGGCGCUGCUCUUCCAGCUCUCCGUCUUCUGCAUCUUCCGCCGCCUGCUCAGCGACCCCUCGGCCGCGGCCUACAAGGAGCUGGUGACCUUUGCCAAGUACAUCCUGGGCAAGUUCUUUGCCCUGGCAGCCACCAACAAGAAGGUCUAUGUGGAGCUGCUGUUCUGGAAGAGCACGGCCACUGUGCGAGAGAUGACGGAGGGCUACGGCUCACUGCAGGAAGGAGAGGGCUCCGGUGUCCGGAGGGCCCCCAAGUGGACUCCGCAGGAGGAGGAGGAGCUGCGGGAGCUGUACCUGAAAUACAAGGGAGUGGAAGGCGCGGACGUCGUCGGCAGCAUCCUCGCACACCUGCGGGCUCCCGGCCGGACCCGGAAGCAGGUCGUCAAGCAGCUGGUGCGGCUGGGGCUGGCCGAGAGCGAGAGGGAUUUCCCCCGGGAGAGGAAGGGGACGCGCCUCGUGCUGUGGACGGAGGAGCAGGAGCUGGAGCUGCAGCGGCUCUUCGAGGAGUUCCAGGGUGCAGACGAUAUCCUGGGGAACAUCAUGAAGCACCUCACAGCCAAGCGCGCCAGAGCCCGCGUCGUGGAGAAGCUGCUGAGCCUGGGGCUGGUGGCAGAGCGCAAGGAGCUGUACAAGAAACGCAAGAGGAAGCCUGGCCUGCCUGGCAUGAGCGAGGACAGAUCCCCGUGGGGUGCGGCUGGCCGGGAGGACUCUGCAGAGGAGGAGAGCGACGGCGAGGAGGAGGAGGAGGCCUGGGAGGAAGGGGGCUCAGGCGACAGGGCCGUGGAGGGGCACCGGGAGCAGGGCAGCGAGAACCAGGUGGCUCCGGAGCAGGACGUGCAGGGCCUGGCGCGCCGUCUGAGGCAGGGAGGCCUGGCUGGCUCCUUGCUGUGGCUUCAGAACUGCCUGAACCGAGCGGCCGAGGACCGGGAGGAAGAUGGCACCGCCCAGCCCGUGCCCUUGGUGCCGCUUCUGGAGGAGAACGAGGACGCCGUGGAGAACCAGGGGUUCCAGAAGCUGCUGCGGAAGGUCGGGGUUCGGGCCCCAGCUAACGAGCAGGAAUCCUUCUGGCGCAUCCCGGCCAAGCUGAGCCCCGAACAGCUCCGGCGCGCGGCUGCCUCCAUCGCCCAGGAGGAGCCUGAGGGGGAGGAAGGCUCCCUGGGGGGGCCGGACUCUGGCCCGGAGCAGAGAGCCCAGGCCCUGCAGACCUUGCGGCUGGCCCGGAGGAAGAGAGGGGCCCCAGCUGUGCCAGAGGAGGAAACACCUGGCCCGAAGCAGCCACCAGUGUCCCCAAAGGCUGAUCUGGAGAGGGACCCUCCUGUCCAAUCGCAGCUGGGCCCCAAGCGGAGCCGCGUGAUCCACAGCGACGACGAUGAGGACCCCGAAAGCCGAGCUGCGGUGCCAGCUCGGCCGGACCCCAGCUCGGCCGGGGAGGGGACACGGCCCCCCCGCUGGAGGAAGCGCCUGCGGAUCGAGGAAGAGGAGGAGGAGGAUUAAAGGGGCGUGGCCAGACAUCCCCCCCUUCCCCCCCCGGACCUUGCCUUGGCCUGGGCCCCCCCGAAGGCCCCUCCAGGCUGCUGGUGGGACCUGGCUGCUUCGGACGCAGACGGGGGGAGGGAAGAGCACUGGGGCCAGGCCGUAGGGGGCACGGACAGGGGGGGGACACUGAGAAGCCAGCCCCUGCCCCUUCCUGGUUCCUUUUGAUGGUAGUUCCCCUCUCCCCCUGAGGGGUCACUCCCCCCCAACCCCAGGGGGGUGAUGUGGUUUGAAUGGGGUUCUGCGUCCCAAGGUUUGUGUUUGUCACACACAAUGUGGUGCCCCCCCCGGCCCAUCAGCUGCUGGUGUCGUCAGGGUUAAAGGUCGUGGCUGAACAGAGAGCAGGGGCGGCCCACCGUGCCCCCCCCCCGGGUCAUUUGCCACCCCGGCUGGGGGAGCCCUCGGCGGGGGGGGGCUCAUUCCCAUUCCUCAUCCCCCAGCCCCCGUUGGACUUCCAGCAGGAGUGAACUCCCCACCCCUGCUUUGUUUGCUGUGUCACUGCGAAGGGACAAAGGCCAAAAUUAAACCGACUCA